GGGAGGAGUAAAGAUGGUGGCGCGCGGGUCUCCGCCUUCUGCUCCAGGCUGAAACGCUCCGAGGGAGGCGACAGCAGCAACAGGAGCUGCAACAGCAAUCUAGUAGCGAUAGUUGCAGCAGCAGCUGCUGAACCUGGAGCAAUGGCGGAGCUGGAGCACCUAGGCGGGAAGCGAGCAGAGUCGGCGCGAAUGCGGCGGGCUGAGCAGCUUCGGCGUUGGCGGGGUUCACUGACCGAGCAGGAGCCCGCGGAGCGGCGAGGCGCUGGACGGCAGCCGCAGACUCGUCGGAGGAGCCCCAGGGUCCGCUUCGAGGACGGUGCUGUCUUUCUGGCCGCUUGCUCUAGCGGGGACACUGACGAGGUGAAAAAGCUUCUGGCUAGGGGAGCCGACAUCAACACCGUCAACGUGGACGGCUUGACAGCCUUGCACCAGGCCUGUAUUGAUGAAAAUUUGGACAUGGUGAAGUUUCUGGUGGAGAACAGAGCCAACAUAAACCAGCAGGACAACGAGGGCUGGACCCCCCUCCAUGCAGCAGCUUCCUGUGGCUAUCUGAACAUAGCAGAAUAUUUCAUUAACCAUGGAGCCAGUGUGGGUAUUGUGAAUAGUGAAGGUGAAGUCCCUUCUGACCUUGCAGAAGAGCCAGCCAUGAAGGAUCUUCUUCUGGAGCAAGUGAAGAAGCAAGGAGUUGAUCUAGAGCAGUCAAGAAAAGAAGAAGAACAACAGAUGUUGCAAGAUGCUCGCCAGUGGCUCAACAGUGGGAAAAUAGAGGAUGUGAGGCAGGCUCGCUCAGGGGCCACAGCCCUCCAUGUGGCUGCUGCCAAGGGCUACUCUGAGGUUCUCAGACUUUUAAUUCAGGCUGGCUAUGAACUCAAUGUUCAGGAUCAUGAUGGCUGGACCCCCCUCCAUGCUGCUGCACACUGGGGAGUGAAGGAGGCUUGCUCCAUCCUGGCAGAAGCCCUCUGUGACAUGGAUGUCAGGAACAAACUGGGCCAGACCCCAUUUGAUGUGGCUGAUGAGGGUCUCGUGGAGCACUUGGAGAUGCUCCAGAAGAAGCAGAAGAUGCUUCGAAGUGAAAAAGAGACACGAAAUAAACUCAUUGAGUCAGACCUGAACAGCAAAUUGCAGAGUGGACUCUUUAAGAACAAGGAGAAGAUGCUCUAUGAGGAAGAGACACCCAAGUCCCAAGAAAUGGAGGAGGAAAACAAGGAAUCCAGCAGCUCCAGCUCAGAAGAGGAGGAAGGUGAAGAUGAAGUUUCUGAGUCAGAAACUGAGAAGGAGGCAGUUCUCCUCCAGCCUUUUUAGCAAGCCAGAAGAGCCCAAAGAUGAAUCUCCUUCUUCCUGGAGACUGGGACUCAGAAAAACUGGCAGCCACAAUAUGCUGAGUGAGGUGGCCAAUUCCAGGGAGUCUGUAAGAGACCAAGGCUCCUCCAU